AUGCCAUUAAUGAAAAUUAAAGUAAAAUACGGCACUGCCAAUAAAAUUGUCAACAUAGAACGUACUUUACCUAAUUUAUAUGAAGUGUUCAUCAAAGAAAUUGAACAAAAAUAUUCAGGUGCUAAGUUCCAAAUAAUAUACAAAGGUGAUGGUACUUCUUUUAAAAUAGUUGACACCAAGUCUCUUACUGAUGCUAUUGAGCAUUGUAUUGAACACAAGCAACCAUUUUUACAACUUGAAGGUCAAGAUGAAGUAAAAGAAACUCCAAAGCCAGCCGCUCAACCACAAAAGGAGGUUGCAAAACCAACACCAUCAACUCCAGCAAAACAACCAACUACACCAGCUAAAACACCAGCUACUGUUGCUCCCUCUACCCCAAGUAAAACAGAACCUGCUCCAGCUUCCCCAUCAAAACCAAAGUUCUGUACCAAUUGUGGUGCUAAAUUAAGUGGAGGUAAAUUCUGUUCUGAGUGUGGUGCUCCAACAGGUGAAAGUGCAGUCUCACAUGAACCAACUACUCAACACAGACCAACUACACCACCACCAUCAGCACUUGAUGAAGACAUUAUUAAAUGUGGAAAAUGUGGUAAGCCAGUUGAAGGAGGAGUUAAGGCUCUUGGAAGAUAUUGGCAUACUGAUUGCUUUACUUGUUCUGUUUGUGGAGAGAAAUUUGGUGGUAAUAGAAAAUUAAUGGAACAUGAUGGAAAACCAAUUUGUUCAAUUUGCUAUGAAGAAACAUGUGUCCCAAGAUGUUUCAAAUGCGGUAAGCCACUUGAUGGUAAAUAUCUUGUUGUUGAUGACCAUAACUACCAUCCAAAUUGUUUCGUUUGUACUCGAUGUGGAAAACCAUUUAAUGGUUCUUAUAUGUUAAUUAAUGGUCAACCAGUUUGCAAGAAAUGUGUUUAA